CUCUCAAACCUUAUAGACUUUAGACGAGUAUAAAAAGAAAACUGUCACAUUCCUGGAAAUUUAACGUCGCAAAAUCUACAAUUUUAUUGCUUAGAUAGUCGGUUCUUCAUUCGAAAAGAGUUUUCGUUUGGCUCUCGAAUCUAUACAACCCGCUAAACAACUUUCAUUGGUGUGUCGGGCGAGGAAUAGCCAGGCUGCAGAUUCGUGGAUACCGCUUAAGAAACCAGAGGACAACACCAGCAUCAUGGCUGUUAACGUGUACUCCACAAAUGUGACGUCAGAGAAUCUCUCGCGGCACGACAUGCUGGCCUGGGUGAAUGAUUGCCUGCAAUCGCAGUUCUCCAAAAUCGAGGAGCUUUGCACAGGUGCCGCAUACUGUCAGUUCAUGGACAUGCUGUUUCCCAAUUCAGUGCCCGUGAAGCGUGUCAAAUUCCGAACAAAUCUGGAGCAUGAGUACAUACAGAACUUCAAGAUAUUGCAGGCGGCCUUUAAAAAGAUGUCUGUGGAUAAGAUCAUACCAGUUGAUAAACUGAUUAAGGGACGCUUUCAAGACAACUUCGAGUUCCUUCAGUGGUUCAAGAAGUUCUUUGAUGCAAAUUACGACGGUCGCGAAUACGAUCCCGUGGCCCAGCGAAGUGGUGUCAAGCUGGGAAAUGGGAACGGCAACGGUCACGGCAGUAACGGAGGAAGCGGCGUGGGCAGCAGUAACAACGAUCUCCAUCUGAUGCACCGCCGACCCCUGCAUGCGCCCGCUGGUGGUGUCAGCCGAAUGCCACCACGAGCCAUUGCUCACACCGCCGCCUCCAAGGUGAUUUCACGCACGAACAACGUUGCGCCAGCGAGCAGAGUAACCACCGGCGCUACUGGCACGGUAAAGAAGAACGAUUCAGGAAGCUCGGUCAGCAAUCAGCAGAUCGAAGAAAUGUCCAACCAGGUCAUGGAGAUGCGCAUAAACCUGGAGGGAUUAGAGAAGGAGCGUGAUUUCUACUUUUCCAAGUUACGCGACAUUGAGAUUCUAUGCCAAGAAGCUGAUGACGCCGAAGGGCAUCCGCUUAUUCAAAAGAUUUUGGACAUCUUAUAUGCGACUGAGGAUGGUUUUGCGCCGCCAGAUGAUGCACCACCAGAGGACGAGGAGUAUUAAUUUAAAGCAAGAAAGGAACAACAGCCCACGAAAUUCAUUUGAUGCAUAUAUAUAUUCAAAACAUAAGUCAAGAAGUAAAAUACAAGAGAUAAAAGCGAACGAGAAUAAAUCCAUACUAAUACGUAUAGUGCAUGAUUCCCGACGACGAGGUGUUGACAGCUACUGUUAUGAAAUCAAAGAUUGUUUGAGUACUAUAGUUGAGUCGAAUAUGCUGGAGUUUAAAACAAUAGUAUCCAGACAAUAUUAUUUUUGUGUUACGCAGAGCUUUCUAUUCUAAAUUCUAGCGAACUUUUUCCGGCGCCCUGCUCUAGCGAAUUUAUUUAAAAACAACAACACCGAAACAAAAUUUGUCGUACUUUUGCAGAGUGUAAUAAAAACGAUUCAAAGCUGAAA